UUUAAUUUUCGUAUUGUGAAGAUGACGGUGCAGUUUGUGCACUGAGAUCGUCUUUAAUUCAGGCUUCAUCCCGUCAGACUGAAUAGAUCUAGUGACUAACCACAAUGGCGGCUGUUCAAGGAGUGAAGCUUUACAAUGGAGCUCUGAUGCCUUUUAUUGCCUUGGGGACCUGGAAGUCCAAAAAAGGGACGGUCGGGAACGCUGUCAGGCUAGCCUUACGGCAUGGAUACAGACACAUUGACUGCGCUUGGGCCUAUGAUAACGAAGAUGAAAUAGGUGAAGUCUUAACUGAAGUCUUCAAAGAAGGAAAGUUGAAAAGAGGGGACGUGUUUAUCACAUCAAAACUCUGGUGCAAACACCAUGCGCCUGAAGAUGUUCUUCCCGCUUGCCAGGAAACGCUGACAAAUUUACAGCUGGACUACCUCGAUCUGUACCUGGUACAUAUCCCUUGCGCUUUCAAGAAAGACGCAAAAGUCCCCACGCGGUGCAUUGCAGAUGGUGUGAUUGGCUAUUCGCCUGAAGGCAUAGCAAGUACUUGGAAGGCAAUGGAGGAACUUGUCGAUAAAGGCCUCUGCAAAGCCAUUGGAAUUUCAAACUUCACCAUGAAGAAGACUCAGACUCUUCUAGAAACUGCAAGAAUACCGCCAGCUUGUAAUCAAGUGGAACUUCAUCCAUAUUUACAUCAGGAUGAACUAAUAUCUUUCUCCACGAGUAAAGGAAUCGCUGUGACGGCGUAUUCUCCGCUGGGUUCCCCAGACAGACCAGUUGUCAACCCAACAGAGCCAGUAGUGCUAGAGAAUCCAGUGCUGACAAAAAUUGCAGAAAAACACAACACUACUGCUGCCUUGGUCGCUCUUGCCUGGGGUAUCAAGCGUGGUACUCCAGUCCUCCCAAAGGCCGUUUCUGAAAAUCAUAUCAAAGAGAACCUUGAUGCACUUCAUGUAAACUUAGAUAAGGAUGACAUGAAAGCGAUUCAAAACAUUGGCAUACGUCAUCGAUACUUCAAAAUGUGCUGGAUGUACAAACCAGAGGAAAUUCCAGUAGGAGGAGUGUGGGAUGGCGAGGAAUGAAGCAAUAAAAGGAAGGGGAAAAAUGGUACAAACGAAGAAAAGGAAUAGAUUUAAAAUUUACCAAGAAGUGACCUGUCUUUGUGGGUAAAUAAAAUUGGUUCAAAAAACUUGCAUUGGUGUCAUAUUCGUGGCUGUUUUAGCAAUUUUUAGUCUAUUUAUUGCGGUGGUGAUUCAAGUCUUAAAACCAGAAUUAAAGACGUCUCUAUCAGAACAAAGCAAAUCAAAUUGAGAAUCAUAUAUGUGCACGACCUUAAAUGUGGAGAAAAGCAUGCGGACAAGUUCCGAUUGGCAAUCACUACAUCAGAAGGAAUGACCCUUUUUUAUUUAAGAUCUGUUGUGGCUGCCAUGCGAAUUUUUGUGAAGAUUUUUUUCCAUUUCGCUAUUCAGAGAAAGCUGAUGCUGGCAUCCUUUUUGUUAAUUUUUAUCGGACGGUCACGUAUCUGAGUAAAUCAUCGAUUUUCCUCUCCUAACCCGCCAACAAAAUAGGACUUAAAUUAUAUUCAAUAUGGAGAGUUACUAGCGCCUAAAGAAACUUUGAGGU